GUCAGUUUCACCUCGCUGUUGUGUGGUACUUUGCUGUAUAUAAUACAUCGUUAACCUGUCAGUAACACAACCAAUAGCAGCUAAGCAGGACUGAGAGGAGAAAUGCACUGAUUCUGACAAGUUAUUGUAGGUGUUAAUACAGGUCUUGGGUGUUGGUGAAGCCAUGCCUUCAGAAGGUAUAAAUCUGAAAGAAAACUCCUGCAAGAAGAGGGAUCGCUGUAACUGGAAUACAAGCUGGAGUAAUAGCUUGAAAGAGAUCCGCUGCCUUCUACCGGUUUCUGAGCCAGCGAGUGGACGAGCACUUUCCAAGAAAGAGACGUUAAUCCAUAUGCUGCAAUACUUUGAUUUUCUCCAGACUCAUAUUAAGAGAUUACACAACAGCCUCCCUCCUCACUGCCUCCCACAAACCACUGAUAGAGAGACUGAUUCAGAGAGUGAAGACACGGCCUACUCGGAGCCCAGCACACCUCCGUGCAUAUUAAAAGCCAAACGCAAAUAUAGCUCUGGUCGCCCCCGCAAGGAAGACGCACUGAAGUCAGAGCUGUUUUAUGACAAAAGUCUUCAGAAAGAAGAUGCUGAUAGAAAUGAAACGACAAUCAUAAAAGGAGAGAUUUUCUGUACACGGGCUGCUGAUGAAACACUGUGGUCUUCUGAGGACAACAACUCGCUUCCCUGUUCUUCUGAUUCCAACUACAGCAGCGGUGCACUUCUGCCCACAACCUCCUCCUCCACUGCAGGAAGCAGUGUGGAUCUGGAAUCACCUUUUCAAGGACAUGGAAGUCAGUGCUCCAUCUGUGAUGACAGGACAGGAAGUGAAGAUGGGAGUCAAGGAAGCAAGGAGCUUGCUUCUCCUCCUUCAGGAUCAUUUAUUUUGAAAGACAAGAUGUUAGGAGUUUUUCCACCUCUGGACAAAAACCAGCUGGAUGAUAGUCCUAGCCUUCCACACACACCUUUGCUCCCCUUUCUGCCCCUGCUGGGAUUUCAAGAAGGUCUGAGUCUCAGUCCCUCUCUACUCACAUCACCGGCUCGAGGCCUCAGUCACAGACUGCUUCCAGAGGGACAUGAGGGACUUCAGACAUUAUUUGAAGAUGUGUGGGUCAGUCCUAAACCUGCUGCUCCCAAGCGCUGCAGGGGUGGGGAUGAUGGCCAUGGCCUCUCUCAAAGCGAGGAAGAGGAAGAGGGAGAGGAAGACAGAUGUUCAGAUGACAUUACCUGGACUCCAAAUCAGUGCAUCCAUAAAAAGAAAUGUGGCAAAGGUAUCCGCAAGAGGGCCUCCUCAAAAAAACGGGCUGUUUCAGAAUCGACCCACAAGAAGAAAUGUGUCAACGGUUUUAUCAUGUUCUGUCGCAUAAACAGAAGAUUAUAUCUUAGGACACACCCAGGGCUUCCUUCUACUGUAGUGACCAAAGAGCUGGCUGACUUGUGGCACAUUAUGCCUAAACAAGAGAGGCGGGUUUACUGCCUGAAGGCCAGACAGUUCAGUCGUCAGCACAACCGUAAUGUGCGCAGUGAAGGUCAGGAGGAAGAGGAGGACUGCGACCCCAGACCACUGCACAUGUUACUGAUGCACAGAGACCUGUGGUUCACCUCUAGUACAAAACACUGAACACAUCUUUAUUUUCUUAUUGUACCCACACUACACUGAGAUGCCAUCUAAGAGUUUCUUAUUGUGGGAAAAAAAAGAAAGAAAAAACACAGCUAAAAUUUAAAUUUAUGUCUGUCUGUGUCCUGUGACGUAAACGUAGUCGAGUAGGGGUGUUCUUAGAAAUUUAAACAAAAAACACUAUUUUAUUCUCACGUCAAGCUAACAGCUACCAGUUUAUCACUGAGUCCAUUGCGUAUUUGAUCGGACAGUAACUUCACCUUAACCCAUUCGGAGUGUUGUCGGCAUUUCUUGGAACCAAAAGUCCCUUUUUUCCCUUCCGCAGAAACAUAUUUCAUCCUAGUAAAAAGACGUUGUUAUUAUUAUGCUGUUCUACAUACAAACUGUGUUACUGAGACAAACAAUGUAUUUGAAGGUGACUGUGUGAUCAUUUAAACAUGACGCUAAUCUGGUAGCUAUAAGUGUCCAUUACAUUUAUCUUUCUUUAUUUAUGAGGCUUGUAUCCAAAGAACUGAGGAAGCAAACUUUGAACACUAAACAUGUCAAAGAUUUUACAGAAAAGUUUAAAAGGAAAUAUUGUGUUUAUAUUUCAUAUUUUGUUCAUUUUUUCACA